AAUUGGACGUGGGAAAAGACCUUCACUGCGGUGUGGCCUUUCCCAGACCUCUCCUAUCGAAGGCCACAAAACCAGUCCAGGCCCGGCAGAGCUGCCUUUGGCCCUUGUAGCUCCUGCUGGCCCCACAACGGGGAAGCAGUUUGCAAAGUGGCUCGGAAGGAGUGUGGCCUAGGAAUCUGCUACAAGUGGCCGGGUGUAGCAGGAGAGCCCAGCGUCACCUCCUGGUCCUGGACAGCCUUAACACUGUGGCAUCCUCCGCAGCACACACAGCGGCCUGCAGUCUGGAAAGCGGACCCAAGCCUUUGCAGAGGGGCGCCAUGGAGCUGCAGGCCCGCACAGCAGCCCCAGCCUCCCACUCCUGACUGUGAGGACAUCGGUUCUAGGAGAGCACUUUUUUUAAAGCUCCCAUUUUGUAACCACUUUGCAGUUGACUUGAGUACUCUGGUAACUUGCUGUGUGAAGCGAUCUCAGCUGUGAGAACGUGCAGCUCCAGGCAGGUUUUCUUUCCAAGAGUUAAGUCUUCCCUUGAAGGCCGGGAAGCAGGAUGGAUACACAUGUAUCAUGCACAUAAAGUACCAGGCGCAGGAGCAGCCCAAACUCGAGGCUGACUAAACUGGAGGCUGAACACUGUGGAGGUCUGCAUGCAGCCUCCCUGGAGCCGCCCCUGGGCUUGAGGGUGCCGCACCCGUGGGCUUCCAGGCCUGCCCAAGUGGUGCCUUCAGGCCUUUGCCCCUGGCGGCCAUCCUUAGGCCGAUUUUGACCAGCAAUGAUAGACUCUUCUUAACCCUUUCAAGAAAAUUUUUUCAGUGGGACAGGAAGGAGAGUUAAACAUUUUUUUAAAGGUGGUAACAUCUGACCCAUGAAGGGUAUGGGUCUGUUUUACGCUAAAUAAAAGUUUUUCAAA